AUGGCUAGCCCCGUCCAACAACCCUCUACCCCUCAGGACCUGGCCUCCCAAGAUUUGUCGCAGGUGACGCUCCCAUCCACCGAGAUCCCGCAAUCCCCCAUCGACCCCAACGAGUCAUUCAAGACUGAGAUCAACGACGACCGACCCGCCAUCACCAUCAUCCCCUCGUCUCUUACGCCUCCCCCCUCAACCCAGGUCAACAAUAUCCCAAAUGGCCACUCCAAGCGUACCUUUUCGGGCUCUCAACAAUCGAACCUUUUCUCCCCGCCCGCCACAAUUCUUAACACCCUCCGCGACCGCCAGCUGACCUCCGACUUUGUCCCGCCCGCGCCCCAGCAGGUUCUGGAGGCAUCGGCGGACGAACUUCGCAUCAUGCUGCAAGGAUGUAUCGCUGAGAACCAGAAGCUGAAGAUGGAGACGGCCCACCACAAGCUCCAGUACAAUCUUUUGAGUCUUCAGGCAGACGAGGACCAAAAGCGAGCCAUUGUGGAACAUGAAAUGAUCCGUCGUGAAGUGGAUGCGCUACGGGCGGCCGAGCACACCCGCCAGGCUAAGCGGGAGUUGAGUACAUCGUCUGAUUCAACCCAGGCCAAGUACCUCCAGAUGAAGAUGUGGUAUGAAGCGGCCAUGGAUGAGACAGAGACGCUGCACCGCCGCGUCAAGGUAGCCAAGAAGGUCAUCCAGCAGAAGGAGGAGGAGACCAUUGGCUUGACUGAGGAGAGGGACAUGCUUCUCAACCGAAUCCGCGAGAAUCGAGAACAUCUGCAUAGCAUGUGCAGCCCAGGUGGCAUUUUUCACGGUGCCUUGACUCCGAAGCAGCAAACCCAGACAGCUUCAACACCCCAACCCUACCGCUCUACUCCCCGCCAGACUCCACGGUCAGCUACCCGAGAAACUCGGGAGGGCGAACAUGGUCUGUCGGCUCUUCUCCAGGCUAUGAGCCAGGAUAAUAACAGCGCGCCGUCAACUCCCAUCCCCUCACACCGGCCAGCACCGCGACAAGUAAGAAAGCAUCAACGAAAUGCCCAAUCCAUGUCAUCACUCCCAACUACACCCAUGAACCGUCCCCGUGGUGCACACACCGGUCUCCUUCCCUCCGUGGAUCUCGUACCACAGACGGAGCCUCAGCGAUACGCUCAAAGGAGCUUUGUGCCAACGACACCCGUAUCAAAGCCAGAUCGCCGACGACAAAGUCGAGAGAGCACCAUCUCAGUGGAGGAUAACGAGGAGCUGGCCCGUCAAGCGUUGCAAUCAGUUGCAGCCGCCUCAUUUGCAUCCCAUGCCUCACGCACAUCCCAAGGUGGCGGACGCUCGCGUGACGAAGAUGACGAGGAGGUGUUUGACAGCCAAGCAAGCCAAGCGGCCACGGAGUUGUUGCGGCGGGACCCGCGUCAGAGCUUCGAUGUGGCCAGCUCAACAGGCUCAAGAGGCGCCACCCGCUCUCCGAUCGAUAAAUCCGCCCGGAUGCAGGCAAAACUGUUCUCCAACUCGAAAGGGGAUGGGGAAAAGCGCAAAUUUAGUGGGAAUCAUGGGUCGAGCGAGGAGGUGAUGAGAGACCAGGGAAGCCCGGCCAAGAAGGUACGAGGACCGCUGACUGAAGAACGACGAAGGGUCGGGCUAGGAAUUCAGUACGGCCAAUAA